UUUUGUUUAAAUUCUCCCGUAGAUUCAUUCAACUCUUGGUAUAUAUGGAAGAUCAUCAUUCUCAGUUUCAAAACAUGUUAAAUCUUUACAUACCUAAAGACACUCGAUUUUUCACUAACCCGAUGUUGUGGAGUGCGAUUGCAGAAACCGCAGCUACCAGUAGUCUCCGUGGUAACAGUGGCGGUGGAGAAGAAUCAAGGGAGCGGCAUAUGCAAUCGGAUUCCGAUUCCGGUUCCUCGGCGGUCAUUAAUAAUGAUUCUGCAGCUUUGGGUAACAAUGCAGCUGGAGAAUUCACCACAGGAUUGUUUUGGCCAAUUAUGUCCUUGCACUCAUCAAGAGAUGAAUCUUCCGAUGAUGUCAAACAGAAAUGUUUUCCAGUUAACUUCUUGCAGAUGUUUCCGGCUGAACUUAGCCAAACGUUAGUUUCGCAACAUUCUCCUUCUGCAAGUUCAUCUUCUCCUUCAAAAGCUUCGAACCUUCCGAAUUUGAAUUUGUUUUUGCAACAACCAAAAUCUACUAAUUAUGUCGAGCAAAUGAGACCAACACUAGAUGUAACUCAUGAUCACCAACUUUCACAGCAGCAACCUGGAAUGGAAUAUAGAGUAGGCCACAACAACCAUCAAAAUUCUAUGAGUACUUCCAGGAGUACUAGUAGUCGUAGUGACAAUUGGCUAAGUGCAACAAAAACUCAACAAAUGAAGUGCACCAGUAGAAGAUUGACGCUUGAUAAUAAUCAACAACGUCCGAUCAGUACGUCUGUGUAUUCAUCAACACAAGCAAAGCUCUUUAGAGGUGUAAGGCAAAGGCAUUGGGGGAAAUGGGUAGCUGAAAUUAGAUUACCCAGAAACCGUACUAGAGUUUGGUUAGGAACAUUUGAUACAGCUGAAGAAGCCGCAUUUGCUUACGAUACAGCUGCGUAUAAACUAAGAGGAGAAUAUGCACAACUGAACUUUCCGGAUCAGAAACAUCAACUUAACGUAAAUUCUUCGAAAACAAGACAUACAUUUUUACUUUUAGAAGCCAAGUUACAAGCAAUCUGUGGAGGUGUUGAGAAGAAACCGGUCAUUGACACAUCGCCACCACCGAAGAAACAACAAACAGGCGAGAAGUUGAUGAACUUGCAAGCUCUGAACCAAUCAAGAUUAUUACCAUUGAGAAAAGAUCAAUGGGGUGUUGAAUCAUCAACAAGUACAGAAGAAGUGAUAGUUGGAAAUAGUAGUAGUACUAAUAGCAACAAGAAAACUAUUGUUGCAAAUACUGAACAUAAUAAGUUGUUAUAUGCAGAUGUAGAUACUGGUGUUCCGUUGAGUAGAAUGCCUUCGUUGGAUAUGGAUAUGAUUUGGGAUUCACUUUGUUGAAUAACCCUACUACACGGUACGGAAUCGGGAAUUCGAUGGUCAUUUUCCUAGCUAGAAGUCCAACUAUUUAGACAUCCUAAAGUGGGAAUCCCUUUUGUAAUUUGCUUUUUUUUUUUUGUUGUUUUAAUGUUUUUCCUGUAAUAAUUGUAAGAGUUUAUUAGGACUCCUCGGUUUUCCAAGAUAGUUUUUGUUACUGUGUAAGCAAUUUUACAA